CGUCCUCCCGCGGCUCGGUCGCGCAGAGGGUCUCGCGCGUUUUACUCGCUGCGAUCUAUUCUCGCGAUUCACUCGCGCAAAUGUCGGGUCAUACCUCCCUGGAAUCACAUUUGAGGCCGACAAUAGCUCAACGUGAGAUCGAUCGAUCGAAUCAGAAGGGAGGAUGAAACAGUGCUUAGUAACAGAAAAUCGGAAGCAAAUCGCCCUCUUUUCGUGAGAUAUGCAACACGCGUUCCUAGGUGCAUCUAAAAUUGUAUUUACAUGAAGGAGCGACCACUAGCAAUGACUACGCCGUUUUUUCCAUUCAGUAUUGAAAAUCCUUCUACAAACGCCAAUCCAUAUCACUUAGUGUACUUAUAUUUCCUUACUUAACUUAAAAUCAUUACUUUUUACUGGAGGGUGGAGCUAUUUGGUGGUACUUUUUGAUCGUUUGAAAGAUUAUCGCGAGGGUAAACCAACCGCUUCGCGCAUUAUGACGAGUUUGGAAGAGCAGUUAUUAAUUUUUCAGCGGAAUUGUAUUUUCGUGGAUUGAUUUGAAAAAUUCCACGGCAAUGUGUCAUUUAUCCAUAAUCUAGUGCUUGCUUAAAAUCAAAUUCGUCUGUGAUAAUAGUGAUAGUGUGUGAAGUGCCAAAUGGAUAUACAAAUAAAUUGCCUGCGGAAGGAAUUUGGAAUAACAGUCACGCUAUGACCGAGUCAGCAAAAACACAAAGUCGAUAAGAUGAACAUCUCGGAGCUCGGGCUGUAUUUGUGGAACGCCUCAUCGAACGGGAGCGCAGCGGACGGAUAUUUACCGAGCCUGGAAGUUCUCGAGCCCGAGUUCCAAGUAGCGCUCAUCCUCAUCUACUCGCUCACGGCGACGCUCAGCCUUACCGGCAACUUGACUGUGGUCAUGAUCUUGGGCUUCGGCAAAAGAUCGUCAGGUGACCUGCGGUUGUUUCUGAUCAAUCUCGCAGUGUCUGAUGUUACAAUGGCUAUAUUUUCAAUACCAUUUACGUACACAAUGUUCCUUUUGGGCCGAUGGGUUUUCACGCCAUGGUUCUGCCCGAUCGUCCUAGGUAUGCAGCACGUAUCGGUAUUCGUGUCCGUGUAUACUUUGACUGCCAUCGGUAUAGACAGGUAUAAAGCAAUCGUAACUCCAUUCAAUCGGCGAAUAAAUAAAAACCAGAGCAAAUAUGUUAUGGCGGGGAUUUGGGUAGGCGCCUUUGCACUGUCCAGUGUCCAGCUUUAUGUUUCCUCCGCCAGGGAGUUCGUAUUUUACAAUGGCGAGACGUACUACGAGUGCACGGAGUGGUGGGACUCGGAGACGAGCAGUCAGCUCUACACGGUGUUCAUCUUCACGUUGACGUUCUUCGUGCCGCUAAUGGGAUUGGCCUACACCUACUCGGCCAUCGCCUGGUCCCUCUGGUGGCGAGUCUCCCCCGGCAACGCCUACCACCACCGGGACAAAGCUCAGACCAAGUCCAAAAUGAAGGUUAUAAAAAUGCUGGUGACGAUAGUGAUUUUAUUCGCCUUAUGCUGGCUUCCGUUGCAGCUAUUCCUGCUGCUGUAUUACUUUUAUCCGGAAAUUAGCGCGUACCGCACGGAGUCGGAGAAGAGGGUGUACGCGCUGUCAUACUUCCUUUGCCACUGGCUGGCAAACGCCAACAGCUUCGUCAACCCCUUGGUCUACUGCUUUAUGAGUGAUAAUUUCAGGGCAGAUCUGAAAGAAUUGCUCUGUCGACGAAUGAGGAGGCGAACACAGAGGCUCAGCGCGAGGAGCCCGACUGCGACCCGCGUCACCAUGUGUCCCAUGCUCACGACCACGGUGCACAACGGUGAGUCGUCUGACAAUGUGCUCAAGAAAUCGCUUUUCCUGCCCUGCCUCUGCAAAGCACGUAGUUCGAGUUCGACGGUGAAAUGGAGCACUUCUGUGGAAGAUCGCCUCUAAGAUUUUGCAAACAGCACAAGUUUAGACCCGUUUUAAGACUUUUUGUGAUUUUAUUGCUUAGUUUUUUCGAGUAUUCCUUAUUCAUAUUAAAUGAGACUAGUUUCAUGUAUUUUUUUACCCUUGACCUCAUUUUAUACAAAUUAGUUUUUUCCAAACAUUUUUCAAUGCCCCCGUAUCGAGCUCAAGAAUAUAAUAAAUGAGCCGCUAAACAAAUUAUAGAUUUAAGCACCACUCUCCUAUUUUCCAUCUUUAAAAGUUCACGAAGGAAGAAAUUCACGGAAUGGGAAAUGAAAAUUUCAUUUUGAGAUGGAUCUUUGGCGUUUACGAAGUGCAUUCUAUACGCACGAUCGAUAUAGAUUUCAAUUAUAUACCAUGAGAGAGAUGAUUUUAGAUACGCGAAACGUCAAUCUCAGGAUCAAUACUGUAGAGAUGUUUUAAAAAACACAGUCGAAUGCGCAUUAUUCAAACACAGAUCGAUUGCAACAGCUCGAUUGUUCUCUGUAUAUUAUUUAAAUGGGUUAAAUCCAGUCUCGCUCAUUUUUGUGCGUUACCACUGAUUUAAGAAGCAUUAGCACUGAAAUUCCCUACGGAUGUUUUCAAGAGGAAAUUGCAUGAUUCUAAGAGUAUCUGAUGUGAAUUUCCCUUUUUAUUUCGUGUAUUAAUACUUUGUUUCAAUUAUUAAACAUUUUACCUCGGAAAA